AUGUCGGCUGGCGGUGCUCCCUUUCCAACUUAUCUUCACGACAUAUCCGACGUAGCGACGGGCGCCGGAUCGCACCACUCGGACACUGGUGCGGCCGGUCCCAUGCCCAUAGACCCGGCGAUGAGCGCCUCGGUCCCUGUCCCGACCGCCGACCUUGCACAUAAAGGCGAAAAGCGCAAGCGCAUCCAGAACGUCUCCUGCGACGCGUGCCGCUUUAGAAAGGUCCGCUGCGACCGUCGCGAAGUGAUCCAGGCGUAUUUUGCACGGACGCAUCACGUUUCAUCCGCGCCAGUCUCAUCCUUCUCCUCCGCCUUGCCGCCGCCGGGCUCGUUGGGAGAGGAGGAGCUGCGCAGGCUGUACCAUCAACCCGUCAUCUCAGAUGUCUCCUGCACCAUCUGCAAGGCUCACAAGACUAAGUGCACAUACACGCCCAAGCCUGGCGCACCAACAAGGGACGGUAAACGACUGAAGCUGCUGCGUCAAUGGACAGACAGCGGCACCGCCGCCUCGCCACUUGGCGAUGCGACACCUGGAGCAGGUGGGGGACCCCAGCUCCCCCCUGACCGCGCCACCUUAUCGCCCGCACGACUCGACCGCGUGCAGCCUCCGAUCGAUCCCCAGCUCCAGCCGAAGGGUCCCGAAGCGUGGCAUGGCGCCGAUGCUUCGCGGCCGCCGGCACAUUCGUCCUUGUCCUCCGCCCCUCCGCCCGCUGGUACGACACCGGCAGCGCGGGCGACGACCUCCAGCUCGACAUCCUCGGACAUCCUAGGUGUACCAGGCCUGACGCGCACCCUGCUCGAUUCGUGCUGCAAGGCUUACUUUGACUGGUGCAACCCGAUCGAGCCCAUCAUCAAAGCGGACGAGUUUGUUGUUCGUUACCUUGCGUACUUUAGCCCGCACGCCGACGUUGCGAGGAUCCUGGCGCGCAUAGGUCAGACGCCGGGCAACAGCAGCACCAGCACCAGCACCGGCACCGGCGUUCGCAAUGGACACGGGAACAGCAAGGACACGGGUAAGGGUAAGGGUAAGGGUAAGAGAGCGAGGGAACUGCUCGAGCAAAAUCGAUUGACCCGGCAGAGUGGCACACACGACCAUGGUGAGCUCAACUUUUCCGAGGACGUAUCUGCUCAAGAGACGGACCAGCAGUGUGAUGGAGACUCUGGAACAGCAGCAGCAAGCAGCGCGCCGCCGCCGCCGUCAGGGACGCGCGACCGCAUCAUCGGCAGCAUCUCCGAUCUUCCAUCCGGGCAGCCGCUAUCCGAGCUGCUGAUCCUCGCCGUCGCCACGCUUGGCUCCGGCAUGCUCGAGCCCGGCGACAAAGACAAUACGGCCGAGGUGGACAUGCAGAUCAAGUUCGUCUUGCAGGAGUUCCUGGCGAAGCGCUUCUUUGAGCUGCUGGCUGAGGUACCGCUGGCCGAGCGCCUCAAGAGCGAGGGCCUCGACGUCCUCGAGGCCUUGUAUGUCAUGAAAGCAACGCCGUACGAGCAAGAAGACAAGGGCGUAUUUCUCACUAUCCCGCCAGUUUCUUGCGAGGGAGUCCUACGCGUCAUGAUGCAGAUCGGACUGCAUCGGCGUGUGGUUCGCGAGAUGGAUGCGCAAGGACAGUACACCUGGCGCAGUCAGCACGACGACAGCAUCCUCAGCGAGCGUGACGUGAUGCGGCGCAGCGGCUCCUUCUGGGCGGUCUGGCUAAUGGACGUCCUGCGCAACUGGGGGCGCCAGUCGGUCCCACAGCUGCAGGAGGCCGAGUAUGACCAGAACUUGCCGAUGUGGCGCGCGCGGUGCUCGGGCGACUUUUUCGCCAGCUACGGCUACCUCACCUCGCUUGACGACCUGAAGAGGGCCGGCGUCCCGCCGCCCCGGUACGAGCGCUUCGACGCGCUGUGGCUCGAGAUGCUUCUGCGCCUUGGCUUCCUCGUGCGCACCGCGUCUCGCACGCUCGUAUCGGAGCGGGCCAAGAGCGUUGGCUGCCCCGUGCAUGACGUCGAGCGGCUCCUGGCCGGCCUCAAUGCGUGGAGCGCGCACCUGCCCAGCAUCCUCGUAUGGGAGACGGUCAUCGCAGGCUUCCAGGACCGCGCGAGCCUACGCAGGAACAGUGCAUGCUUUCGUAUGGCGAUUAAGUCACAUCAGCUCGAAGUCUACUUGCACAGCCAGGUGCUUGUGCUCUGGAUGACUGUCAAGGCGCUCGGCCUCUCUGCCGAGGCGAGGGGCGGCCAUGCAGCGGCAGCGAGCGAGAAGGCGCGUGGGGAGCGCCAGCUCGAGGUCACCUUUCUGCACACGUUCCAGCGCCUCGUCGUUCUCGCGCAGGACGGUUCGCGGCUGGGCAUCAUGCGCGGUUCCACCGUCGCGACGGCGCAGGCGAUUCGUGGUGCGGCCAACUUCGCCCUCGGCGCCGUCGCCUCAGGCAGCUGGCGGCUGUACCACGCGCUGAGCGGCCAGCGCGUAUCAGCGGCUUGCCUGCUCGACGCGGCCGCGCGGCUCAUCGAGGCGCUUGCAACAUACGACACGGACCGCCGCGUAAUGGAGCAGGUGGCAGAGCUGAGGGGCUCGUACCACAGGGUACUGCAGCAAGUCGACGGGCGCGCGGCUGCUGCUGCAAGGGAAGGUCGUGAGGAGGCGAUGGUAGCUCUACCCUCUCCUUCAGCACGUAUAGGUCAAGGGGUGGCAGCACCGGCAGCUGAGCCGGCUCUGCAAUCUCCGCCUCCGCAGAACUUUAGCAACUCUGCCACGACAUUUGAAUCCGUCACAGCAGCAUCGGCGGCGGCGAACUCGAACGGGAAAAGCAUGCAACCGCUACCGCGGGUGGCCGACUUGCAGAGCCUCAGCUCACAGCUGCGCGACGACAGCACGGCGGACUGGCUCACGUCGUUCUUGAUGGGCCUCCAUGGAGGAGGCGGCUCCUCAUCCGCGGCAGAGUCCGUGGCGUCGGCGGAAUCGGCGUCGUAUGCGCUGUUCGAGGCGGCGCGCACACCUGUGCCUGGUUGGAGCACCAGCGGCAGUAGCCAUCCGGCGCCAAACCCAUCGCUGUCCAGCGUGGACGGGUCGAUCAAAUUCAGCGGCGAUGCCCAUGGAUGGGCGAUUGCGAUAUGGAACAGUGUCGGAGACGCAGACGCACUGGGAAGCGGUGGUGUACAGCAGUAG